GCACAUUUUUAUGUUUAAGUAUUUUACGUUUCUAUUGACAUCUGUCAUUGAUAGUGCUGGUUUUCUGGGGUCUGAAAGUUCGCAAUCAGUGAGACAGCUGUUGGUUGAGGAGGGUGACAUGAAAUGCAUUCAAUCAAGAGAGCGAAGUCUCCAAGCAAGUACCGAGCGAAGUUGCGAACAACGCAGUGUCGUGAUUUCGUCGAUGUCUUUUUUCGGUUGUCGCUUACUCGCUGCCACGAAGUGAUAACAGUGAGAGUGUGCUCAUAUCACGAAGAUGAUAAGCUCCCUGGAAGCCGGCAGAAGCGAGACCAAAAUUAACGCGUCGCACCAUGCGACGGGCCAUCCUCUGCAAGCUUCUCCAGAGGCAAACCUACAACGUGCUCUCCCAAAGACAUCUCUUCAUCGUCUCGCUCGUCGGCCUCAUAAUCUUCCUGGUGUCGGCCUUUCGAUUCUGUGAGGUUGCGUUGGACUGGAGCAAAGGGAAAUAUGCCGAGGUAUUCAGCAGAUUCAGCGACAACAUCGCUGGCCAGAGCUUCCAGGACAGACUGUGCCAACACGUGCCGAUUGACGCCGUUUACACCUGGGUGAACGGCUCCGACUUGGAGCUUGUGCGCAAUUUGUCGGCCAUUCGCAAGCAACUUGCGUUGGAGACCAACAAAUCAAGUUCGCCAGCAUGCCAGUACAAAAUGUGCGUUCCAGCACCGAUUGUCGUCCUGCGGCACCUCUCCAACGAGACAUCGUUGGUGGACGUGCAAGGCAGAGGCGUGAGAAAAGUCUUCAAGGUCAACCACAAGCACAAAAACGAACUCCACACUUCCACUGUGCUCUUGUAUUCAUCAUUAGAGGAAGCACAGCGUGCCGCAACGAAUGGCUACGUGCUGUUGGCCGACGAAAGAGUUCCAGUCGGGGCGACGUUUGUCACGACUGACUCAACCGCCCCGAACACUGCACCCCUCGAGGACAUGCUCAUGAUCGUGGGCGUUCCGUCCGGCGUCUCGGAGACGGACAUUGCCCAGAAGUUAUCCGGCACCUCCCAGGAGACCAUCGUGAAGAUACAUCUGUACCAAAAUGAGAGCCUAGCCCUCCUGGUGACCUCUGGGAAGGCGGCAACGGACGCCCUCUCCAAGGCCAACGUGUCGCUCAAGUCUCGCCUCGCAUCCAUCAGCCGAGUCUUUCUAGUCCUGGAACCCUUGACGGAAAAUGAAGAUGUCAUAGCGAGCCGGUUUGCAGACAACGAUGAGUUGAAGUACUCACUCCGGUCUCUCCAGAAGCAUGCACCGUGGGUGAGGAGGGUGUUUGUGGUCACCAACGGCCAGAUCCCCUCCUGGCUCAACCUGGACAAUCCUCGAAUCACCAUUGUGACUCACGAGGAGAUCUUCAGGAAUCUGAGCCACCUGCCAACCUACAGUUCCCCGGCCAUUGAGACCCAUCUGCACUGUAUCCCGGGGUUAUCCCAGCGCUUCAUUUACCUCAAUGACGACGUCAUGUUUGGCAAGGAAGUCUGGCCUGAAGACUUCUACACGCACACGGGCGGCUACAAGGUCCGGCUUGCAUGGCCCGUGCCGGACUGUGCCAUGGGCUGCCCGACGUCCUGGGUGAGGGAUGGCUACUGUGACAAGGCGUGCAACAACACGCAGUGCGAGUGGGACGGAGGUGACUGCAUCGGCGGAGGCGCAGUCACCCUCAGGCCUCGCAACAUCUUCAGCUUCCCCAGGCCUGAUAUCAGCAGGAUGUAUUGCAGCAGUAGCUGUGCCAACAGCUGGCUUGCUGACAAGUACUGCGACCAGGCAUGCAAUGUGCUGCCUUGUGCUUUUGACGCCGGGGACUGUGGCACUGGGAGCUACUACCUCUUGCACGGCCUGACCCUUUCGAGAGACGAGCGCAACUACACUCUGCCUCCAGGCAAGCUCUCGGGAUACUUCAACCUGUCCGGUUUCAUGGACAAUGGGACAAAGAUAACCGAGGCUUUCUACGAAGAAAACGCCGCCGUUCGUGCGGUAGCCAUCUCUAUGCCCACCAGUGUCAUGACGGUGCUGCUGUUUCCCCACCACAACGUCACGCAGAUACAACUGACGCUGAAGGGCGUCCACAGUGAAGCGCCUUUCGAGUUCCAGUUCACACUGUCGGCCAACACUUCCAGUACGGACCAAGACCAAGAGGUGGUGCGCAAAGCUUCAACGGCCGCCAGCUCCGUGGUGCAGAGUACAACACCCGAGGAAAUGAUAGACUUCACCGAAUAUCCGUUGUCGCUGAGAUAUCCACCCCAACCUCAGCUUGUACCAGACGAAGCCAUCUCUUACAAGUAUUCUGAUCUGGAUGUCGACGAAUCGGAGUUGCCGAGCGAAUUGGUCGAAAGGAUCAAACACACCGAGACUCUUUACUCCUCGGGACUGCUUACUUUGAAGGGCUUUAGAAAGAAGAAGUCUCAGCUUGUAGAGCAGCACUUGAAAAACACCACGUCAAGCGGUGCGGUGGAGCCCAAGCUGAUCUUCAGACGCGAAGAAGCUACGGUUGCGAUGGAACACGCAGCUCCCGAGGCGGCGCAUGGGCAACGGAGUCUGCUCGCGCUGCGUGACGGCACGCUGCCGUGGGAGAAACAGGGUUUCUUUGGAGUCCCGAAGGAGCUUCGGCCGUUGGAAUCUUGGACCUGGCGUCGACGGCGGCUUCUGGACACCUUUGGGGACUCCCUGAGGCACGUCAACAGGCUCUUCAACUCUGCGUUUGGCUACGAAGCGAGGAAAGUGCCCUCGCACAUGGCGCACAUGGUUGAUGUGGACGUCGUGCGACGACUCCAGGACAUGUUUCCAGAGGAAUUUGACCGCACGUCCUCCCACAAGGUUCGCAGUUCGGGCGACAUGCAGUUUGCCUUCUCCUAUUUCUACUUUCUGAUGAGCGAGAGACGCGACAUCGAACCUGAAGAGAUCUUUGACGCCUUUGAUGUCGACAGCUCCGGGACCUGGUCGGAUCGAGAGAUCCGCACGGUAAUCACGCACCUGUUCGACCUUCCCGUGGAACACAGCAAUGUGCAGAUGGUCGAGGGAGUCCUCACGGAGUGCGCGCACAACUUCACGCCCAAGGUUGUUCGCUCCACUCCCAGCUACGAACGCUAUUUGGAGUCCUCGUUGCCCACCAUCACCAAAGAAACAGUAGUGAACUGCAGUCGAAUGAUCACCCUGCUGCGGAAAGUAUUCAAGACAAAGAAAGUGAACCAGUUUGAGAUGAUCAAGGAGGAGGACUAUGCAUUCAAGAUGAUUGAUAACAAUGCUUCUCGUGUGCUGGCCCAACUGGAUGGUCUCAGAAGAGAUCUGAAGAAGUUUAUCUGCCUCAAUGACAACAUUGACCACGCCAGCAAGGACUCUGACUUGGUGAAAGCGGUGGUGCACGACUUCUACGAGAGCCUGUUCCCCACUCCGUCGCAGUUUGAGCUGCCCCCCGAGUACCGGAACCGUUUCCUCCAUGUACGCGACCUGCACGAAUGGAGGGCCCAGCGCAGCCUCGUGCAAGCUGUGACUUACGUUGCGUUCGGCCUUCUUGUCGGCCUUACAGUGAUGGCAUUCUGCAGCUCUGCUUCGAGAAAUGGGAGGAAAGUACGCCGGCCAGAUGACACUUCAAGCGUCGUCUGAAGCGGAUCAGGCAUGGUGCAGUUUCUCGCAGCCGAACGCCACAAGCGAGGCGGCAAUGAGGAGGGCCCACAUGACGAAGAUGGCGUAGGUGUCCUCGAAGGACAGCGUGACCCUGCUGCUCUCCUGGCGGCAGUGUUCCCAGUCUCCCAGCAUGUUCUUGAUCCACUUGCCCACGAUGCCGUUCUCCCGAAGCCAGACGAGCCUGGGUUCGCGCACAGAACCAUCGCGUCAUCGUCGGCGACAGAGGAUGGGAGGUGCCCCCCUUUAAUUCUCGUGUUGCAGCAGCUCUAUGAAAUGCCGCCUAGAGGUGCGCCUUUUCCCCUCAGGCGUAGCCACUGGUGGAUCCACGCCGUGGAGGUAGGAAGCUUCUGGAGGCGACGUGACUCCACCAGAGGCGAAGCCACAAGUGUGAAGGGAACAUAUCCCCAACGAUGACCAAAACCACAGCUGUUUUGGUCACCCUCGGGUUUUGGGCACUACUUCUACACGAUCAAGUUGCAAUGUUGACUGGAUCGUUGUGCCCCUUCAGUAGCUUUAUUUUCGCCUUCCGUUAAUUGUUUUUUUUCUGAUUUUGUGAUAGCUUGCCAAUCAAUAUUAUAAUAUACGUGCCACGAAUCCUUUUACGCAGUGCAACAAUUUAUGAGAACACUGUUGCUAGGAUGUGUGCGAGUCGGCUUGGCAAGCUUGGCAGCUUGGAAUGAAUCAAUUAUGCACGUAAGGAACACAUUUUACCAAUUGUGGAGAUUGUUAUAUGUGGAUGUUAUGUGUAAACUGACUAAGAAAAGGUUCAGCAAGUUUUGGUAUUUCUGUAGAGUAUUGAUGCUGUUUUUCAGAUUUCUGUAUACAUUACAAUUUUUAAGUUUUUAUGGUAUAUCCACCCUUUUCCUUUAGAAGAAAUGGUCAAGUCUGAAAGCUCAAUGCAUUUACGUGGUAUUACAUCCAGCAGUCUGAGACAUAGUAUCGUGGAAGCAUGUCGCCUACCAAUCGUAGAUCAUAGACCACAGUGCCAACUCUGAAUUCUCUAAUUUCAUGUCAAAUAGCAGACUGUGCCUCACCAGCGCACUGGCGUCCGGAGGCUUUACGGCAACAUCCUUUCCAAGAGGGUAAUUUCUGAGCUCUCUUUGGUGACACGCACCCCUCGACGCUUUCUUUCAUUUUUGCUAGCAACCCUAGCCGUGGUUUCCUUGCCAUUUCGGCUCCCAAUGCAUUCUUAUAUUUUUUUGUUGGGUGCGUGCCAUUAACACUGGGCAUUACAAAUAUUGUUGCUACGCUGAAAUAUCCGGACGGUAAUGAUGACACAUUGCUACUAUGCCUUACGCACCCUGUUACAUCCACAUAGCUCCGAGCAUUUCAGUGAAUAUUUCCUUAUUUAAUGUCGUCGAUGUCCACCCAUCUUGUCAUGAAUGUGUGUUUGGGGUAACUUGACCCUUGUCUUGGUGUGGACUCAUUGCCAUUGUCACAGGUAUGGAAAGUGUAUGUUGUGAGAGCUGCAUAUUGCAAGGAAUGCGGUGAAUGUGGGGUUUUUUUUUGCGCUUGAGGUUUCUGUUGUCUGACACACUUCAGAACUCGUUUAAGUUCACCUCACUGCUUUGCCACGUUAUAGGCAGCAUAAGGGAACUUUGAGUGCUCAAUACCAAAUUUCUCUGAGACAGCUUUGGCAGCCCGUGGUUAGAAGUUGUUCUGGCUAGUAUCUGACUUGCUGUGCUGUAACAAGCUUUGGCAUGUUUUGCUUGUAACUGUGUGCAAUGAACAUAAUUUUCUUAAUUUUGGCACAUAGUGGUGCAGAGCAAAAGCAAUUGGCAACCAUUGCUCUUAAAAAAUGUGACUUUCUGAGCUUUGGAUGUGGUGUUGGAAAACUGAGGCCGAUACCAUUGUACAGUAAAACCUCGUUAUAACAAAAUGGGAUAUAACAAACUAAUGGAUAUAACAAACCAAUCAUAAUUUCCCUUGCUUGCUAAUAGUGGGAAGAAAUGAACAUUGGCUAUAACAAACUAAUGGUUAUGACAAAAUAAUUACAACCGCUCCUUUAACUUUGUUAUAACGAGGUUUUACUGUAUUUAUAAGAAGGACAUUUAUAUUUUCUAUUUUUUACCUUCCAAAGUCGCUUGUCUGUGGUCAAAAUGUAAAUUUGAGCAGCAGAUUGUUCAAAGUUUCAUUGCCGGAGAAGAUACUGUGAUGGAAAAACAUCCAAGAGGAGCACUAGAGUUUCAUACCCCACUGUUCACAACUUUAUAAUUUUUUCGUAAGUUUAUAAUGGUACUCAAGUCGGGUGCAGUAGAUGCAGUACCAUACCACUCGUCCACUUGGGUUCUCCCUGGACGACUAGUCGAGAAUGCCAAAUGCUACGAGCUUAUCUCGGCGGAUACGUCAUAUUUACACUGUAGCGAAGCUUGUCACAACCCCUGGGAACAACUGUUUAAUGCACCAAAGUGAAGGUGUUCGAUACAUACUGAAUACCAUGCAUCGACAUUUUUUCCGAUGUAAACAAAGAGUGAAAUGUACUUUAAAAAAAUAAAUAAAACAAUGCCUUGUUUUUUUUUAA